GCUUUUAGCGCCACCUGUUAAGACGUUUGUUUAUUAUUUAUUUUCUUUUUAUGAUAAUUUUAUUUUGAAUUUAAAUUUUAAAAGAAAAUUUAAAUUGGGCUCUUAAAUUUAUUUAAUGUCCGUUGAUUGAAUUCGCCGCGACCGAGUCGCCCUCGCGUGGGAAAAAAUUUGACCGAAGCUCGAUUGCGCUCGAAACAAAAUUUAUUGCGAAUAGGAAUUUAAUUUAGCGAAUAAGUUAGUUAAGUAUUGUAUUAUUGAGAAUGGUACUACCGGCCACAAACCCGCGAAGAGAGACCAACGAGGAUCAACGACGUGGAUCAUCUGCAAGAUUAUCAACGACGGGUGGAUGUCUGUCUCGGGAACGAGCAACUGUUCCAGCCAAUAUAUAUCACUCAAUAAACGUCGAUAUUGGUAAAUUGGACUUGCGGCGCCAUCUCUGGAGUUCAAAGCUAACGACGGACCCAGAAAGGGGGAAGAGACGAGGAAUGCGACAUGUGCUAAUUUUUCCUUCUUCCACGUUUUCCACUUGCCACGUGCGGAUGUAAUUUCGAUCCGGAGGAUUUUUGUUGGUUAUUUUUUUAAUAUUGUCUGAUUUUGAGCUUUAUUAGAACGACUAUCGUGAAAUUUCUCGCGUUUGAAAUCUAUUGUGUUUAGCUGCGAAUUUGUUUGCCAAAAAUUUAUUACGGCAUUACGACGAUAAUUGGCUGUCGCCAAUUAUUUAUUUAAUAGAAGCGAUCUAUUACAACGUUUUUUUUGUUGGGUGAUCGCUGGUUGACGUGUGCAAGUGACGAAUAAAAUCACCCCGUAUCUUUGCCGAGGAGGUUCAUUGUCCGAGAUAGUUCGACGUGGAAGCCGAGUACGACCUGGUGUGGCCAAUCGACGGACGGGAUUAAGCGACGUCUUCGACCAGGAUGGCGAAUAACGACGAAAUCCAACGUCGCGUGCUGGCACGUCUACGCGCUGAGAACCAGAGCCUGUUCGACGAACUGCUGGAAAGAGAAGAGCGUACAAUGCGCGCUGAGCGAUGCCGCAUUGUUGCGCUCCCGACGACACGACGAAUGCGCCUGGGAUGGUAUCAGCGUUAUCUGCUGUCCAUCCAGAUUCCAAUGGCGCCGAUCGCCGUGGGCUGGCGGUGUCCAACGUGCCGACGACCGACGUACGCAGCACAAGCGUGCGUGAGAGGAGCUGACGCGAUCCUGGCGUCCCACCUGACGCUUGUCGAACGAGUGCGCCGAGCGGAAGCAACGUUGGAGGAGUUGCUGCCGUUGGCGGAGCGGUUGAAUCGUGCACUCGCGUUUGUGCAACGUAACCCACCGCGGACGUUACUCCCAAAAAUUCCUAGAGCCCGAGCGUUAGAGAACGCUCGAGUUCUUGCCCGGGAGCUGCGAGCCAACCCCACUGUGCCAUCGCGGAGCCGAGCUGGAUGCUGGAACUGCGGGAUGCCGCACAACAUGGUGACGUGUCCUCACCCUCGAGGCACGUUCUGCCAACGCUGCGGAGAGAUCGGCGUUUACUUCGAGGAGUGCCGCCGGUGCCAGCCCGAGUGCCCAAUCGACGGUCCCCGACGCCAUUAGGUGACACUACUGUACAGACGACGUCUGUUUGUUUUUUUUUACUUGAGUUUUUUUUUUGUGUGUACUUUAUUAUUUUUUUUUGUAUUUAUU